AUCCGUGUGGCCUACAAGUGAAAAUAUGGCGGCGGAGUAUUUGUCAGAGAGUCAGCCGGCUCUCAAUCAGUUACACACACUGGGGAGGUUCCGGGGAUACACGGUUAUAGUCACAGGUGGCGCCUCUGGCAUUGGGCGGGCAACUGUAGAACGCUUCCUGAACGACGGCGCCACAGUAGCUGUGUUUGACAUCAAUGAAGACGCCGGCAGGAGUGUACUGGAAUGGACAGAAGGCAAAAACUACACCGUUAGUUUUCACAACGUGGACGUCUCCCAGAGGACGCAGUGUGACGCUGGCGUGGCUGACGUCGUCAAGAAACACGGAGAACACAUUCACUGUUUGGUCAACUCGGCCGUUUACUUUGGCUCAAAAGCUUUGAAUUCCAAGAAGUCAGACUGGGACAAGACGAUGUCGGUGAAUGUUGUGGGUUACGUCAAUAUGGUCCAGGCUUGUCAUCCAUACAUGAAGGCCACAGGUGUACAGUUGAUCCACGCCUGUACGUAUCGAUCAGGAACACACAAAGGUGACAAUAUGGCGGCGGAGUAUUUGUCAGAGAAUCAGCCGGCUCUCAAUCAGUCACACACACUGGGGAGGUUCCGGGGAUACACGGUUAUAGUCACAGGUGGCGCCUCUGGCAUUGGUCGGGCGACGGUAGAACGUUUCCUGAACGACGGCGCCACAGUAGCUGUAUUUGACAUCAAUGAAGACGCCGGCAGGAGUGUACUGGAAUGGGCAGAAGGCAAAAAUUACACCGUUAGUUUUCACAACGUGGACGUCUCCCAGAGGACACAGUGUGACGCUGGCGUGGCUGACGUCGUCAAGAAACACGGAGAACAUAUUCACUGCUUAGUUAACUCGGCCGUUUACUUUGGCUCCAAAGCUUUGGCAUCUCAGCGGUCCGAUUGGGAGAAGACCAUGUCUGUGAAUGUCAUUGGCUACGUCAACAUGAUCCAGGCUAGUCAUUCAUACAUGAAAAACACAGGGGGAAGUUCCAUUGUUAACUUGUCCAGUAUAUCUGCACACCGAGCUCAGCCAAUCAGAUGGACGUACACAGCGAGCAAAGGCGCCAUCUUGUCUAUGACGAAAUGUAUGGCCCUGGAUCUGGCUGCAGACGGCAUUCGGGUGAACUCGGUAUCUCCCGCCUGGAUCUGGACCCCCGAGGCAGCCAAAUCUGUCGGAGGCGACAAGGGCAAGCAGAACCAUACGGUCUCCAGAUUCCAUAUGCUCCGCCGUACAGGGGAGACAUCGGAAGUGGCUGCGGGCAUCACUUUCUUGUGUAGCAGGGACGCCGCGUUCAUCACGGGCACAGACUUAGCUGUAGAUGGCGGCUACCUUGCCAUGGGUCCCGAGCAGCAUGGUGAAGAGUCAGCUUUUGCGGGGACAGAACUUUAAAUCAAAAUUGUUCUUGUACCCGUAAUCCUCUGACGCCAUACAAUAGCGCAACAAUGAAUAGUUCAACACACAUAUUAAUUGAUAUGGACCAUUUCUGUCUGCACUUAAGUUUAUAUAUCUAUCUAUUGAUAAAUAUAUAGUUAAUGAU